UUUUUUUUUUUCAGAAAAGAAAGGUCGAGAAAGAAAAAAACAAGUCAUUCAGGGAUGGUCCCUGUGGCCAGUCGGAAAGGUGAGAGACUCGGGCUUUGAAAACGAUUCACAUUCUGCCCUUUAACUUCAAUGCCCUCCCUCCGGACUGCGCCGGAGCAGACGAUUCAAUGGACUCCUUUUGUAUCCAGUUUAUUGCUCAGAAUCCCUAGGGUCUAGAUUUGCUCUCAGAAGAAACGCGCCCCGCUGAGCUGCUCUCGGGGGCUGCCCCUCCCGUCUCCCCCAUUCCUUUCUCCGGGCCGGGGAGGGCAGGGGAGGCAGCCACUGAGCCGAUGUCGCUGGGGACCCGCACCAGGCACCACAGCCAGGCUCCGGAGCGGAGUCCCAUAGGUGCGCUCCCAGCCCCCGUGCUGCGUCUGGAACGCAGUGGGAGUGGGCCCGGAUCACCUUCCAAUGACACCCGCAUAUACUCUGCAAACUGUGCAAAAGCCCUUGAAAAGUCCAGAGACGGGACAGAAGCCCCCAGCGGAACCCAGGCCGGAGCCCCGCGCACCUCGGAUAAGGGGGUGGCGGAAUGCACCCACCUGGUCCCUGAGGGCAGCACCCUUAGAUUGCCCAGGCUGCCGCGGAGGAGGACGAUCGCCGCGCGGGCUCCGCUCUCGCCGUCUGGGCCACCGGCGCGCACCCCUAGGAACUUCUGUGGCCGCGUGUAGACGCGGCGCGCGGCUGCCCCAGUCCCAGGGCGGAAGGACCCGGCGCUGCUCAGCGCGCGCGGGUAGGCAGCGGGCACCGCGGGACGCAGGUGCCCCUGGAGCCGCACGCGGGGCAGGUACAGAAUCCAGUAUGCAGAGGCAGAGGAGAGGGAGGAGAGCGGUGCGAGGAGCCCCGGGCCGCGCGACCCCGCCUUUUCCUCGCCCCAGGAGCUCCCAAAGGGAGCAAAACGCCCCCCACCCCCGCCCACCGCCGCGCCUCCGGGCCCCCUCGCCGCCGGCACACCGCGCUCUGAUUGGCUGGCGCGAUGGGUCCCUGGCACGCGCCUGUGGAUGUUGUUAUAAGAAUCCUCGCGUGCCGGCCCUCAGCUCCAGGAAGUCCGCCACAGCCCUCCCCAGCGCAGCGCGAGCGCGGGCCAGAGCGCAGCGGCCGCGGGCACUCCAGGGAGGCCCGGGGGCGGGCAGCCCGGCGGCCGCCUAGCUGCCCCCAGCCAGGGCCCCGGGAGGGAGGGGCUCGGACAGGCCUUAGAAACUCACCAAGAACUAACACGCGCAGCCCGGCAGUCCCGCUGCCCACUGCGGCGGCGAGCAUGGACGCGGUGUUGCUGGAGCACUUCCCCGGGGGCCUAGACGCCUUUCCUUCUUCGUACUUCGACGAGGACGACUUCUUCACCGACCAGUCUUCACGGGACCCCCUGGAGGACGGCGAUGAGCUGCUGGCGGACGAGCAGGCCGAGGUGGAGUUCCUUAGCCACCAGCUCCACGAGUACUGCUACCGCGACGGGGCGUGCCUGCUGCUGCCGCCCGCGCCCCCGGCCGCCCCGCUAGCGCUCGCCCCGCCGUCCUCGGGGGGCCCCGGUGAGCCAGACGACGGCGGCGGCGGCGGCUACUGCUGCGAGACGGGGGCGCCCCCAGGCGGCUUCCCCUACUCGCCCGGCUCGCCGCCCUCGUGCCUGGCCUACCCGUGCGCCGGGGCGGCAGUACUGUCUCCCGGGGCGCGGCUGCGCGGCCUGAGCGGAGCGGCGGCUGCGGCGGCGCGGCGGCGGCGGCGGGUGCGCUCCGAGGCGGAGCUGCAGCAGCUGCGGCAGGCGGCCAACGUGCGCGAGCGGCGGCGCAUGCAGUCCAUCAACGACGCCUUCGAGGGGCUGCGCUCGCACAUCCCCACGCUGCCCUACGAGAAGCGCCUCUCCAAGGUGGACACGCUGCGCCUGGCCAUCGGCUACAUCAACUUCCUCAGCGAGCUCGUGCAGGCCGACCUGCCCUUGCGCGGCGGUGGCGCGGGCGGCUGCGGGGGGCCGGGCGGCGGCGGGCGCCUGGGCGGGGACAGCCCGGGCAGCCAGGCCCAGAAGGUCAUCAUCUGCCAUCGGGGCACCCGGUCCCCCUCCCCCAGCGACCCUGAUUAUGGCCUCCCUCCCCUAGCAGGACACUCUCUCUCAUGGACUGAUGAAAAACAACUCAAGGAACAAAAUAUUAUCCGAACAGCCAAAGUCUGGACCCCAGAGGACCCCAGAAAACUCAACAGCAAAUCUUCCUUCAACAACAUAGAAAACGAACCACCAUUUGAGUUUGUGUCCUGAGAAGUCCCAGACUCGGCUGAGGAUCUGAUUAUGUCUCUGUGCAUAUUGUACAUGUAAAUAUCUAUAAUGUAAAUGUAAUUUAAGAAUCAAAUUUUUCGAAUGGCAAUCAACUGUUUAUUAUUUAUCUAUUUAUUAUCCUGUUGAGUUGAUGAAAUAGAUGAUUUCUUUUUAAAUAUAUAAUUUAUAUAAUUUAUCCUGAUUUUCUGAAAAUAUGCAAUAGCCUAUGAUUUUCCUGAACUCUGUGUUGUUGGGAGAACUCUGGCCAGAAAACGUCCUGCUUAUUUAUUGCCAGAUAUGGUUUAUUUCUAAGCGUUGUCAAUAAAUGCUAUUUACACCUUU